AUGGACUUGCUGUCUGGAACCUACCUCUUGGCAGUCUUAUUAGCCUGCAUUGUAUUUCAGUCCGGUGCCCAAGAGAAGAAUUAUACUGUGAGGGAAGAACUGCCGGAAAAUGUCCUGAUUGGCAAUUUGCUCAAGGAUCUGAACUUGACACUGGACCCAGAUGUGCCCCUUUCAUCACCUCUUCAGUUCAAGCUUGUGUAUAAGACUGGGGAUGUGCCAUUAGUCCGGGUGGAGGAAAACACUGGUGAGAUAUUCACUACUGCCAACCGCAUAGACCGGGAGAAGUUGUGCUCUGGCAUUUUUAGUGAGAACCGCUGCUUUUAUGAGGUGGAGGUAGCAGUUUUGCCUGAUGAAGUCUUCAGACUGGUCAAGAUCAGAUUCCUGAUAGAGGAUAUCAAUGACAAUGCUCCCCUUUUUCCCUCAACAGUCAUUAACAUCUCCAUCCCUGAGAACACAGCCAUUAAUUCCCGCUAUUCUGUCCCUUCUGCCAUCGAUCCUGACAUUGGAGUGAAUGGCAUUCAGCAUUAUGAACUUCUUAAGGGUCAAAAUGUAUUUGGACUUGAUAUAAUUGAAACACCCGAGGGAGACAAGUGGCCACAGUUGAUUGUCCAGCAGAUCCUGGACAGGGAGCAGAAAGACACAUAUGUGAUGAAGAUUAAAGUUGAAGAUGGUGGAACACCUCCCAGAUCCAGUACAGCCAUCCUACAAGUAACAGUUACUGAUGUGAAUGACAAUCGCCCAGUCUUUAAGGAAAAUGACAUUGAAGUUAGCAUUCCAGAAAAUGCUCCAGUGGGCACCUCAGUUUCUCAGCUCCAUGCCACUGAUGCUGAUCUGGGCUCAAAUGCACAGAUCCACUUCUUUUUCAGCAAUCAGAUCUCCAGUCUGGCCAAAAGGCUCUUUGCCUUAGAUAACACCACUGGCCUCAUCACAAUUAAGGAACCACUGGACAGGGAGGAGUCACCCGUACACAAGUUAACUGUUUUGGCAAGUGAUGGCAGCUCAAUUCCAUCAAGAGCAACAGUGACAGUAAAUAUCACAGAUAUUAACGAUAAUGUCCCAUCCAUAGACACAAGAUACAUCAUCAAUCCAGUGAAUGGGACUGUGCUCCUGUCUGAGAAAGCGCCGCUCAAUACAAAAAUUGCCCUGAUUACAGUAAUGGACAAGGAUGCUGAUCUGAAUGGAAAAGUUACCUGCUUCACAGACCAUGAUGUCCCUUUUAGGUUAAAGCCAGUGUUUGAUAAUCAGUUUCUAUUGGAGACUGCCACAUUUCUAGACUAUGAGGCUACGCGAGAAUAUGCUAUUAAAAUAGUGGCCUCUGAUUCAGGGAAACCUCCCUUAAAUCAGUCUGCAAUGCUGCUGAUCAAAAUCAAAGAUGAGAAUGACAAUGCCCCAGUUUUUACACAGCCUGUCAUAGGACUUUCCAUUCCUGAGAACAAUGCUCCUGGUACCCAGCUGACCAAGAUCAGUGCCACAGAUGCAGACAGUGGACGCAAUGCUGAGAUCAGCUAUAUGCUGGGUUCAGAUGCACCCCCCAUUUUCAACCUGGAUCGCCGCACAGGAGUUCUGACAGCAGUGAGAAAGCUGGACAGGGAAAAGCAGGACAGGUACUCCUUCACUGUACUGGCUAAGGAUAAUGGGAUGCCACCAUUGCAGACCAAUGCUACUGUGACACUAUCAGUUCUGGACCAGAAUGACAACAGCCCUGCUUUUACCCACAAUGAAUAUAAUUUCUAUGUGCCAGAAAACCUGCCCAUGUAUGGCACAGUGGGGCUCAUCACAGUUACUGACGCUGACUCUGGAGAGAAUGCUGCAGUUACUCUCUCUAUAUUAAAUGGCAGAGAGAAUUUCAUUAUCGAUCCACUUACUGGUGUAAUAAGACCCAAUAUUACAUUUGAUAGAGAGCAACAAGGUUCUUACACUUUCCAGGUGAAGGCUGUUGAUGGAGGAAGAGUGCAACGCUCUUCCACUGCCAAAGUGACCAUAAAUGUAGUUGACGUGAAUGACAACAGACCGGUUUUUGUCAUCCCUUCAUCCAACUACUCCUAUGACUUAAUUCCCACAGCCACCAAUCCAGGAUCCGUGGUGACUAAAGUCUUUGCAGUUGACAAUGAUACAGGGAUGAAUGCAGAGCUCCGCUACAGCAUUAUAGGUGGGAACUCGAGAGGUUUGUUUACAAUCGAUCAGUUAACAGGCAACAUUACUUUGAAAGAGAAGGUAAUCACAGCAGAUCAUGGCUUACACAGGCUGGUGAUAAAAGUCAAUGAUUUAGGACAGCCAGAGUCUCUCUAUACCAUAGCACUGGUGCAUUUAUUUGUGAAUGAGACCAUCACCAAUGGUUCAUACGUGCAGGAGCUGGUGCGCAGAAAUAUGGAAACACCAGUGGGCCAGAAUGUUGGGGAUGGUGAGAUAACCCCACAGACCAAUGACUAUGUCAAAAUCAUCAUUGCUAUAAUUGCAGGCACCAUGACAGUCAUCCUGGUAAUUUUUGUCACUGCUCUGGUACGAUGCCGCCAGACACCCCGGCACAAGGUUGUCCAAAAAAGCAAGCAGAGUGGGGAAUGGGUCUCCCCAAACCAGGAGAACCGACAGAUCAAGAAGAAGAAGAAGAAAAAGAAGCGCUCUCCUAAAAGCCUCCUUCUCAACUUUGUGACAAUUGAAGAAUCUAAGCCCGAUGAUCCAGCCCAUGAGCAUAUAAAUGGCACUUUAGACAUUCCCGUAGAGCUUGAAGAACAGACUAUGGGAAAAUAUAACUGGGCCACCACACCAACUACAUUUAAGCCCGACAGCCCAGAUUUAGCAAAGCAUUACAAGUCUGCCUCUCCACAGCCCACCUUUCAAAUUAAACCCGAGACUCCUGUGCCCCCUAAGAAGCACCAUGUCAUUCAGGAACUGCCUCUGGAUAACACCUUUGUGGUGGGUUGUGACUCGCUCUCCAAGUGCUCCUCAAGCAGCUCGGACCCUUAUAGUGUCUCCGAAUGCAGCUGUCAAGGUGGCUUCAAGACCCCAGGCCCCAUCCACACCAGACAGCCUGGAAAAACUGCAAUCAGGUUCCACAGCCCUUUGAAAGAGACAAGCCUGGAAUCAUGGACUCAGCCCCAGCCCCAGAAGAAAACUGAAGGGAAAAGGGAGGGCAAAUCGCAACGCCGUGUCACGUUUCACCUACCAGACGGCUCCCAGGAAAGCUGCAGUGACAGUGGGCUUGGAGACCAUGAACCCAGCAGCAGUGCUAGCACAUCGCAUCCUCUGCCCCUUGGUUUCCCCCAAGAGGAGUACUAUGAACAGGCUUCGCCCAACAGUCGGACAGAAGGAGAUGGCAAUUCGGACCCGGAGUCCAGUAAGUGA